AUGAGUGAGAUGGAAGAGGCCACUCCUACGGAGGCAGCUGCCUCAACCUCCCCACAAGCUGCACAGAAGCACCUGGUGUCCUUGGGAGGUGGAGACCCUCCCUGGGCCCUCGUUGCAGGCAACCUCAGAGUGGACACCACCAUCUCCAAGGCCACCACAGCUGUGGGUUCCAAGGGAAAGGUACCAAAAAGGGUCAUCGCCAAGAGGGUUCGAGGCACUGUCAAGUGGUUUAAAGUGAAGAAUGUGUAUGGUUUCAUUAGCAGGCAUGAUACCCAGGAAGAUGUGUUCAUUCACCAGACAGCCAUCACCCGGAACAACCCUCACAAGUACCAAUGCAGCAUGGACGACGGCCAGACAAUGGAGUUCAAUGUGGUGCAGGGUGAGCGGGGCACCGAGGUGACCGGCCCAGAUGGCACCUCAGUGGAAGGCAGCCAAUAUGCAGCCAACUGCCCCCGCUUCCGCAGUGACUUCUACAUUUGCCGCCAUGUACCACCACGCGACCCCUGGGGCACCAAGGAUGAGGAGAAGGCGGACAAACACAAGGAAGACAAAGACAACGGCAGAGGCAAGGGCUUCACUGUGUGCUUCUCUGAGGCCCAGAUCCUGAGGCGCUGCCUCUCCAGCCACCCCCAAAACCAGAGCCUGAAGCACUUCCUGCCCUUCUGCGGGGCACCAGCAGUGGCUCGCCCCCCUGGGCACCUCCAGCCCACCAGUAGACGGUGGGCCACCCAGCUGCCUGGUCCCUUCAUGGCCGCAGGGCCUGAGGUUCACAAAAACAGGGACCAGGCCCCAGCUACUUGCUGA